AUGGUGGGUCUUUCCUCACAGAGGAAACAGCGAGCCCUUCGCAUGAAGGAGGCCGAGCCGUCGCCGCUUCCCGUGGGCAUCCUGAGCGACCGUAAGCGGAAAACAAUGUCGUCAGGCGCGUCGCAACCAGCCGCACAGCAACCAGCCAGCGACGCCGGUGCGACUCAUGGCUCGCUCUUGAAUUUCAUCAGCAGUUUCAUCCCACUCGCCUCCGAUCCCGCCAAACGGCAACGGCUACAUCCUGCCGCGACCUCCCUCUCUCGCGCCGCGGCUGGCUUCGGCAGUCGAGAAGGCGUUCCUGCCGGAUCAUUUCCUCACGGCUUUCACGCCUUGGACGGAGGAACCAACAUGCCAGCGUGGCAGGAUGCUGACGCUGGCAAGGCAACUGAGGCGGGAAAGGGUCAGGAGGAAGGGGAGGAGGAGGAAGAGGAGGGGGAGGAGGAAGAAGGGGAAGAGGGACGGCAGGAGGCUGGGAGAAGCGUGUCACGGGCCGUGUACAUAGAACCCGUGGGCCCGCGUCAAAGCCUCUUACCCAUGGCCGCGCAGUCUCUUGUUCAGCGGCUGAUGCCACGUGGCAUGAACGGGCCGGUGCGGCGGUCGCCGCAGUCCAAGCGGGUCGCUCUAGCGUCGCCUGGUGGAGCCGCGCAGCAACCGCGCGCGCACGCGAUUAUGCAGUCGCAGCCGCAGGAUCGGCGGCAGGCUCUCGCGCACGCGCUUGCGUCGUCUCAUGCGCUGGCGCCGUCUCAUCCGCAGGCGCAUCCGCAGGCGUUGUUGUCGUUGUCACUCGGUGGAGCUAUGGAUUCGGACAGGCGGGGUGGGGCUGUGCAGAUCAUUUCGAGCCCAUGGCAGUUAGACGAUGGAGGAAAAGAGGCAGCAGCAGCAGCCGCAGCAGGUGGAACGGCCGCAGUGCCGAGAUUGUUCCAAUCCCCAGGGCGAAAGGAUCGGUGGAUCGCGACGCUUGGCAGGAAGAAGCGGAGGGAGUCGGGGGUGAGUGGGUCUGGGAGGAACGCGGUUGCUUCACCUGCACGAGCAGCAGCCGCCCGAAUAGCACGAGCACGCGCAGCAGCAGGAGGAGGUGGAGUAGGAGGAUCAUCACGGGCGUCGGAGGAGGCAGCUGCAAGGGCGGUGACGGGCGCAUGGAUUGGGGUGUCGCGGAAGGUGGUGGGCGCGCGAUGGCAGCAGCAGAUGGCGGAGUAUAAGCGGUUGGCGGAGCGGGGCGCGCACAUGACCCCGGGGGAGAUGGAGCAGCAGAGGCAGCGGUUUGAGGGGAGGCCGGGGCUAGACGCUCUGCUUGCCACGGCUCCGCGCCAUAACGGAGGGGUCGCUGGAAAGCCUUCGCAAGCCGAGCAAGCGGAACCAGUUGAUUGGGAGGAGGGAGAGGAGGGCGAGGAGGGAGGGGACGCUUGCGAAGAAGCGGUGUUUGGCGUUGCACCUAUAUUACCUGCAGCAGCAGCGGCAGCAGCAGCGGCAGCAGCAGGAGCAGCAGCAAUAACCCCUGCCUCUGGCGCGGCCGCUGCCGCCAUUGCCCGUGCCCCUGCUCCUGCCAUCGGCGCCACUGCUGCUGUGAUUGAUGCAAGUGUGGGAGCAGCGGCAGGCGCCGACCCCUCCGCUCUGGCCUCCUCCGCGCAAGCUGCUCUCGCGACAGUAUCGACCUCUGAGCGCCUGCGCGCGGAGCGAAAUCGGAUCCAGCAGGAGUGGAAGCUGCGUACGCGGGAGAGGGAGCGGCAGCAUGAGGAGAAAAAGGCGCAGAUGGAGGAGGUAGAGAGGGAGUUUUUGCGGAUGGAAAUGGAGAGGAAGGACACGAGGGGGCGCGUGCAGGAGCGCAGAGCAGCAGCGGAGGAGCUACAGCGCGCCAAGGCGAAGCCUGUGGUGCGAGUGUUAUCAGAGGAGGAGGAGAAGCAAGUGAAGCGCGCCUUCCAAGGGGGACACAGUGGGGAGGAGCUUGCUUUCCACGAGGGGGCGAACAUCAUAGUCACACGCAACCACAUGCGCUGCCUCAUGCCAGGGGGGUGGCUCAACGACGAGGUGAUCAACAUGUACUUAGAGCUGCUCAAGGACAGAGAGAGGCGCACACAGCAGCCCGGCAGCAGCAACAGCAAGGGCCGCAUGCCCGUGUGCCACUUCUUCAAUACCUUCUUCUACGCGCGGCUCACGGGCACGGGGCAGUACCUCUACAACUCAAUACGUCGCUGGACCACACCCAAGCGCCUCGGCUACUCACUCGUUGACUGUGACAAGAUCAUAGUGCCGGUACACCAAGGCGUGCACUGGGUGCUGGCCGUCAUUGCACCGCGGGACAAGCGCCUCAUCUUCCUCGACUCGCUGCACGGCCAGGACCGCACGUGCCUUGAGAACCUGGCGCGCUACUAUGCGGACGAGGUGAAGGACAAGACAGGCAAGGUGGUGGACACGAGUGGGUGGGAGCGCUGCUUCCCACGGAAAAUCCCCCAGCAGAUGAACACGUGGGACUGCGGGGUGUUCAUGCUCAUGUUUGCAGAGUGUGAGGCGCGGGCCAUGUGCUCUCACUACAACUUCUCCCAGAAGGACAUGGAAUACUUCCGAAAGCGUAUUGUGCUCGAUCUCAUGAGGAAGCACGUGGACUGA